CUUCUUUGGAUGUUACCAACCAACAAAGACAAACAGCCUGCAGCCAGACAAAGACUCAAGAAGGUUGAUGGAAAACUUCACAUUCAACAGCUUCACAGUGCAGUUGGAGGGCUUAAAAGUUUCUAAAUACUCAAUGUACCCUGUCUUUCUUUUCUUCUUCUUCUCCUACCUCUUUAUAAUGAUUACAAAUGUUGGCAUUGUAGUCCUGAUUUUCAUUGACAAAAGCCUUCACCAGCCCAUGUAUCUGCUUUUCUGCAACCUGCCAGUUAAUGACAUUGUUGGGAACUCGAUCAUGAUGCCCCGUUUGCUUUCAGAUAUCUUACAGCCUCCAACUGAGCAUUUCAUUAGUUAUUAUUGUAUUGAGUGUGUAGUGCAAGCUUUUACCUCACACAUAUUCGGCACCUGUUGCCACACAGUGCUGAUGAUUAUGGCCUUUGACAGAUAUGUGGCUAUCUGUAAUCCACUGCGUUAUGCUGCCAUAAUGACCAACAAAAUGGUGAUCAAGCUGACAGUUUCUGCCUGGGGAGUAGCACUUGUUUUGAUCGGGAUUCUGCUGGGUCUGACCAUUCGACUGAACCGAUGCAGAACUCUGAUCUCAAACCCUUUUUGUGACAAUGCCUCUCUGUUUAAACUCUCCUGUGAGAGUGUGUUUAUUAAUAAUGCGUACGGCCUCACUUUCACUGUUGUCCUGCUUACAAGUUCCAUAGGCAGCAUGGUUCUCACCUACACUAAGAUUACAGUCGUCUGUCUCACCAGUAAGAACAAGUCUUUGAACAGUAAAGCCUUAAAGACGUGCAGCACUCAUCUCUCUGUUUAUCUAGUUGUGUUUUUAUGUGGAAUGCUCAUCAUCAUGCUGCAUCGCUUCCCUCAGUACUCAGACUACAGAAAAGUUGCUGCUAUUGUGUUUCACAUCAUCCCCGGCUGCCUCAACCCUGUUAUUUAUGGAGUUCAGUCUAAAGAGAUACGAAAAUUCCUGUCUCGAUUCUUCCAGACCAGGAAGGUUUUGCCGUCAUUGUAA